GUUUAUUCCUUGAUGUCUUCAAUCAGCAUUUAAUUUUUGAUGCAGAUCUUCAGGAAUCCCCUGCAAUUCAUCCAGCACGAGAUAGGCAGUAUAGUAAAGUCAGUCCGUGCUCCCAUCAUGACCAUGUUGCGAAUGCUGGAACUUCAUUUAGCUUGCUGCAAGACGCUUCAUCAAACAGCAGCAACUACACGGUGCGAAGUAGUACACCAAGUUUUUCAAACCAAGCAUACCCACUUGUUCUGGGUGUACCUCCCACAAGCCGCACAAGACAUGAUUCUUGGCAGAGACACUCUGUCCCGAGCGAUACUGGAAGUCCUCGCAUGCCUCAGCUGCCUAGCCCUACUCUUCGUCCGCUGUAUCGUGUAUCAAGGGAGGUCAGAGCAGGGCCACUGCAAAAGCGGUUAAGCAAGCUGGCUGCACAGUGUUCUGCGUUCCACAACAAAGUUUUUGACAAUCAAGCUAGGAUUUUGAACGAACUUGCCACGCUACGAAGGAUAUUGGCCAUAAAGCCAAAGACGGUGCUAGCGCUUCCGCAAGAUUGCCCUAGACUGCCAGUUGAAGACACUGAACAACUGCUGCUACUGGAAGAAUACUUAAAGUCUCCAGAAAAAUUUCAGAAGCUCGUGGAGUACUUCUCAAGAUUCGGAGGAACGGACAUGCAAGAUUCUGUACGCACCCUGCUUAAGCAUCUGAUCACAAAAAGGACGGCAAUGCAGUGCAGCUGGAAAGGCUCGAUGGGAAAAAAGCAGUCCUUCGAGAAACUACAAAACAUCUUGAAUAUAAUACUAACCUCUGUACGGAGCACAUUUCCUGAGGCCUCAUUGAGCAGCAUUGGAAAGGUUGCAAAGAAAUGGUUAGCUGGGGCAAGUGACCGGGAGGGAGGCCGCAGUGAGAGAAGAAACCAAAGCCAAAGAAAUUAGUCUUCUCUCUUUUUCCUUUCUUUUCUUCGUUGUAGUCGUAUUUCUGCAGUUGCAAUAGUGCAUGCCACAAUAUUUUUCUUGCUGGGCAGGUAACUCAAACAAAUUUGAACUGCUGCAUUAUUUUACUUAGAUAAAUUUUUUCGAAUGUUUUCCAAUUUUCUAUAAUAUAUAUUCAUUUAAUAAGUACAAUAUCUGAGAAGAUCUCUUCAAUAUUAGAAUUAGCCAGUCAUUUUUAUAAUAAUGUCAGUUUAUACAUUUUUAUUGACGCAUCAAUUUCUUCAUAUUCAUCCUUUUCCCAAUUUUGUUGUUUUCUGUUGAAGUAUAUUUAAUAAACGAAUUAAAAAUCAACUGUUGUGAUAAUUUGUCUGCAAAGCGCCCGCAUUCUAGCGCUUUAAGAGCAACCCUGUAUCUAACACAUAGUGAAUUUAUACAAGGUGUUUUUUCUCAUGUCAAUUUUUCUUAAAUUCCUUUCGCAGAUAUACCAGCAUUCCGCUUCUUCAGCUGCCUAAUUACUAUAAUAACAAUCAGACACUACUUUCUGAAUAAAAAGCAGUGUAGAAGCAGUUAAUUGACU